UCCUAGAGGGCCGUGGGACCGCCGGAAGGGAGUUCCACACGUGGAUUGUGGUUUGGUCAUCGAGAUGGAGACAGCCCCAAAGUCGGUUAGGGGCGUCCCGCCCGGGAAAAACAAACCUCAGGCCAAGAGGAAGAAACCGCGGCGCUACUGGGAGGAGGAGAGCGCCCCGCCCGCUGCCGGUGCCUCCCCGGGGCCGCCUGGGAAGAAGGCGAGGACGCGGGAGCCGCGACCCCAGAGGUCCAGGAGCGUGCACCUCGCCAGGGCGGCUCGGUCCUCCAAGAAGCCCCAGAUCGCGAGGAACGCCUCCGACCGGAAGAAGCCGCGGAGGACCCUGUCGGGGGCCCAGGACCCGUUCCCAGGAUCCGCCCCCGCCCCCGUGGAGGUGGCCCGGAAGUUCUGUCGCAUUGACAAGUCCGGAAAGCUCCCACAUCCGAAGCCUAAAACCCGAAGCAAACUUGAGAAGGCUGAAGCGCAGGAGGAAGAGGCGAGCGUGAGAGCUGCCCGCGCUGAGCUGCUGCUUCCUGAGGACCCUGGGUUUCUGGAAGGAGAAGAUGGGGAAGACACAGCAAAAAUACUGCAGACAGACAUUGUGGAGGCCGUGGACAUUGCAAGUGCUGCCAAGCACUUUGACCUGAAUCUGAGGCAGUUUGGACCCUACAGACUGAACUACUCUCGAACCGGGAGACACCUGGCUUUAGGAGGCCGUCGGGGUCACGUGGCUGCCCUCGACUGGGUGACAAAGAAGCUCAUGUGCGAGAUCAACGUCAUGGAGGCAGUGCGGGACAUCCACUUUCUCCAUUCUGAGGCUCUGCUCGCCGUCGCUCAGAACCGUUGGCUUUACAUCUACGACAACCAGGGCAUUGAGCUCCACUGCAUCCGCCGCUGUGACCGAGUCACUCGGCUUGAGUUUCUCCCCUUCCAUUUCCUCCUGGCCACUGCCUCAGAGACAGGGUUUCUGACCUACCUGGAUGUGUCAGUGGGGAAGAUUGUGACAGCUCUGAACGCGCGGGCUGGACGCCUCGGUGUCAUGACUCAGAACCCCUACAAUGCUGUUAUCCAUCUUGGACACAGCAACGGCACUGUGUCCUUAUGGAGUCCAGGUGUGAAGGAGCCACUGGCAAAGAUUCUCUGCCACCGCGGUGGGGUGCGGGCUGUGGCAGUGGAGUCUACAGGCACGUACAUGGCCACCUCUGGUCUGGACCACCAGCUGAAGAUCUUUGAUUUGCGAGGGACAUUCCAGCCCCUGAGUGCCCGGACCUUGCCCCAGGGAGCAGGGCAUCUGGCCUUUUCCCAGCGGGGCCUGUUAGUUGCAGGAAUGGGUGAUGUGGUCAACAUAUGGACAGGCCAGGGCAAGGCCAGCCCACCCUCCCUGGAGCAGCCUUACCUCACCCACCGAUUAUCAGGCCACGUGCAUGGACUCCAGUUCUGCCCCUUUGAAGAUGUGUUGGGGGUGGGGCACAGUGGAGGAAUCACCAGCAUGCUGGUCCCCGGGGCUGCUGAGCCCAACUUUGAUGGUUUGGAGAACAACCCGUACAGGAGCCGGAAGCAGCGCCAGGAAUGGGAGGUGAAGGCUCUACUAGAAAAGGUACCUGCAGAGCUCAUCUGUUUGGACCCCCGAGCCCUGGCAAAGGUAGAUGUGAUCACUCUGGAGCAGCAAAAGAAGGAGCGGAUAGAGAGACUGGGCUAUGACCCUGAUGCCAAGGCUGCCUUCCAACCCAAGGCAAAGCAGAAGGGCAGAAGCUCCACAGCGAGCCUGGUAAAGAGGAAGAAGAAAGUCAUGGACCAGGAGCACAGGGAUAAAGUCCGGCAGAGCCUUGAGCAGCAGCAGCAGCAGCAGCAAGAACUGGCCAAGCCUGCUAGAGCCCGUCCAUCUGCACUGGAUAGAUUUGUACGAUGAGCUGACAGCACUCUCCAAGAUGACCCAGGGGCCAUGGCUCAGUGGGCAAAGGCGCUUGAGAUGUCAAACCUGAGUUCAGUCCAGGCAGCAGGGGAAACACAGAAGUUGUCUUUUACCCUUUCUGUGUAUACAAAGACUAAUGCACACUCAGGGCGGCGUGCAACACACACGCAGUGUAAAUAAAUGAAACACAAGGA